AUGCGGCACCCGCAGGUGGUUCUGGACGAAGUUGAGGAGUUCGGCACCGCGCUCACCGACCAGGACGCCUCGCCCAUCCUCAAACUCCCGCAGGAGCUCCAGCAGAGGGAGUGGGGGCUGAUCUGUAGCACCAUCUACUUCAUCUACGCCAAGAUCAUCUUAGAGAACACGGCCGCCGUCUUCAAACACGUGGACGGCAUCCUGGCUUUGACCCUGCAGCACUAUCAGAACUGCAUUGUGCAGAAGGAUAACAAUCUGAAGCUGUGUUACCUGGAGACGCUGUCCCACCUCACCAGCGUGCUGAGCCAGCAGGAAAUCAUGAUCCAGAGCAACCUCCCGCACAAGCUGGAGAUCGUGGCCUUCAUGGUGGAUGUGAUUAGGAAGGAGCCAAUCAACACCCUCUCCAGCCCCAUUAGACAGAACGCCAUGAACAUCAUCACUGACUUCAGGAAGUUCAAGCCCAUCCUGGAGAACGAGAGCUGGGCGGAGCUGCUGCGGACCUGCCUCGGGAGCGUGCUGGCGCUGCCGCCCUCCGACAUCCUGAAGAGAGAUGCCUCCAGCCCCAGCCAAGGCCUGGCUGUCGUGUGCCUCUGCCAGCUCUUGGAUGCCCUGGUGCAAAGCGGCUAUGGUGGCAUCAACCUGGAGUCCCAGGUGGAAAAUAUCACGAACAUGCUGUUCAAGCUGGUGAGUUUAAAGGUUCUCAGCAGGGAUUCUCUUUCCGUGGAGAACCACAGCCUUGCUAUGAGAGGAUUCUACAACCUGACCAAGCUGUACAACGAGCAGGUGGUGAUUCUACUACUGAAGACCUUGGCGUCCAAAGACCCGGCCAGGAUCCUGUGUGCCCUUCAGGUCUUCCAAAAGGUGUUUCGAGAAGUGAAUCAGACAGAGCUGCUCAAGCGGCAGGUGAUGAACUCUGUCAUUGUGGUGAUCCAGGAGGAGUUCGGGCAGGCAUCUCUGCAGCUCAGCGAUUCCCUCCAUAGCGAUUCCUGCCAUUUUGAUCUCUCCGAGCCCACGAAGGACUUCCUGCCCCCCAGGAGGAUGGAGGGAGCUGACAAGGGCUGGAACUUGCAGGUGCGGAUGGCCCUGCUUGGCUUCCUGGAGAUUCUGGCCGAGUAUGGCUACCUGCGCCUACCCCAGGGCAAUGUGAUCAUCUCCUACAUCAUCAAGCUCAGCCAGUGGGACUUCUCUCUGCCCUUGCCCAAACUGGUCAACUUCGUGUGUCACCCCACCAACUUCAAGGCCUUCCUGAUCCUGAGUAAGGCGGCCACCGAGAUCGCCGUGCAGUCUUCGGCCCUGGGCCACUUCCCCUACCUCAGCAAGUUCCACCGCAGCCCCGCCCUGAUCAUCUCCCCACAGACACUCCUCACCCAACUCGUGAUGCUGGACCCCUGGCUGAACUCACACAAGGACAACGAACGGGAGCGCGCCAUGUGGAUUACCGCCCGUGUUCUGGGCUUUACGGCACAGAUGAAUAAUUUUGAAGUGGAGAUUCAGUUUGCCCGGCUGGGGCGGCUGGUGAGGAUGUUGGCCAUUCGCUGCCAGGACUCGGUGGACAACAUCUCCUUCCUGUCUUCCCAAGCCGUCUACAACCUCUACUGCAUCCUCUUGCAGCAGAAGCAGAUGCUGAAGAAGAGGCAGGGCACGUGGGAGGAAGAGGACAAGACUGUGGCCUACAGCGCCCACGUGUUCCACAACAACACCUACAAAAUUGCCAAGGCGUUCGCCGAGUACUUCACCCAGAUCCAGGUCACCAACCUGGUGCUGACUGCCAUGGAGAGCCUGACGGACGGCAAGGUGAAGAUGUCGCUGGCGGCCGCGCAGCUGAUGAGCGCCGUCAUGAAGGAGCGAGGCAGAGACGUGAUAAAGAUCAGCGAGGUGGUGGAUGGCAUCCUGGAGAGACUGCACAUGCAGCUAGAGCCCAGCACCAGGGAAGAGACCCUGCAGGCCAUGUGCGCGCUGGCCGGCAGCAACACGCCCGCCGUGGUGCCCAUGCUGCUCAGCAAGUCCCUGCCUUGGGACAGAACCAAGCUGGCCUUGUGGAAAGCCUUCGGCGCCCAGCGGGAGACGGCCAUCAACAUCCUGCAAGUGCUCAUCGCCAUCCUGGAGAAGAAGAACCGGGAGGAGACCAAGGAGAUGGCCCUGCAGCCCGUGGCGGCGGUGUGCGCCCUCCACGAGAUGCUGUCGGGGCCGCUGUGCCACGAGGCCAUCCAGGAGCUGUACCCGCGGCUGCUGCUGGCCGUGCUGUGCCACCUGUACUGGGUCAUGGAGCAGAACAUCCCGCAGAAGCUGCUGGUCUACUCCAGCGAGGAGACGGCGCGCCGCAAGGGCAAGCACCUGGACCCCACCAGCUGCGCCCUGGAGGUGGUGAGGCUGGUGCUGGUGGGCGCGGCGUACGAGGGCGUGGCGGAGUAUGCCAGGCAGCGUCACUGCUGGGACCUGCUGUCCAGCCCCAAGACCUACUACAUCGGCAUGAUGGACCUGGCCAGCGGCAUCGUGAAGAAGUGUGAGCCCAACAUCCUGCAGAGGAUCCUGAACCACAUCAAGAACAUGCUGUACAGCCCCGACCACCGCCAGAGGCUCACGGCCCGCACGCUCUACGUGCAGCUCCUGUGGCAUCGCUCGGUGGCAGAGACCAUCGGGCAGGACUGCGUGGGCAAUCUCAUCCACUGGGCCAAGGAGCCCAGCCUUAUCAUGAAGGAGAUCGGUCUCCGGGGAAUCAGCAACCUGGCGCUGCACCCCACACACUCGAAGGACCUGAAGAGCCUGGUGCCGUUCCUGCGGACCUUCCUGAAGGGCGAGCUGCGCGUGACGGUGCAGGCGGUCAAGGGCCUGCGGAACAUCAUCUACCACCGGCCCGGCGAGGACACCAAGCUGCUCUUCUGCGACGUCUCCAGGCAGCUCUGCCCGCUCAUCAACGACGAGAGAGACCAGGUGCGGGUGUCGGCCACCUCGGCGCUGGGCCACAUGCUGCACCGCGUGUUCCAGUUCAAGCCCGGGAUGAUGGUGCGCAAGGAGAUCUACUCCUUCCUUGUCCCGCUGCUGCUCAGCAUCCAGGACAACAACGUGGAGGUGGUCAAGGCCUGUCGAAGGGCCCUGACCGAGUGGACGAAGGUGAUUGGCUGGUCGUCGCUCACGCAGAUGUUCAGGCACACCACCCUCAGCGACCACAUCCAGGUGCUGGAGGAGACCUGCAAGUUCCUGGUCAGUUCGGGGCGGCUGCAUCUGGUGGGGGAGCUGCUGACACAGAGCUUUGGCUUUCUGAGUAGCCACCAGGUCUUCCUGCGUGUGGCCGCGCUCAACUUCAUAGAGUUAAUCAUCAAGAACAUACAGAUGUGUGCUAUCCAUGAAGAUGAUGUGGAAGAGAUUCAGACCAAUCUGGAGUGCAUGAAGAACGACUCCCAGGCGUCCGUGCGUCAGAUGGCCAGCGACAUCAUGCAGAAGCUGGAGGUGAGCUUGAAGCCGCAGGCGUCCAGGAUCUCCCGGCUCAGCCAGAUGAGCAUCACCUUCCUCAGGGCCUCCGGCAUCAAAUCCCCCAAAAGGAAGAAGCACCUGUUUAAGGGGCUCCUGCGGGAAGAGGAUGACGGCUACCAGAAGAGGCUCUGGCUGUGGUGCCGGGGGGUCACCAGGCCCUUUUACACGCGCUGCCGGCACCAGGUCCACAACGCCUGGCUGGUGAUGGGCACGCGGCUGCAGCGGCUGCAGCCCGAGCGGCGCGGCGGCCAGACCCAGCACGUCCAGAAGGUUCAGUUCCAGGCCUCCCACGUGUGCCCGGAGGGCACGGCGGCUCCUGAUCAGCCCUGAGACGCCAGCCCGGACCUCGCCGCGCGCCUUCCGCCGGGCCUUCCUCCAGCCGUCGGUUCGUUUGUUUUCUCAUUGUGAUCUUAUUUGCCAAUAAAUCUCAUUUUUUUUCUUUCAUCGAAAGGCUCACUGGCUUCCCUCCAGGCCUUGGGAGUUGGCCGUCAGCCCGAGUGAGCAAGGCCGGCUCCGGACGUCUGUCCUUCCGUGUCCUAGACAGAGGGAGCGGGAGCUCAGGCCUCAGAAUUGUCCCUCCCCUUGCUCGCAGCGUGGGUGCUUGACCUGUCAUCUGAGGGGUGCGGCUG